AUGAAGUUCCUCACGGGAUUGUCCCUGCUUGCACUUGCUUCUCCGUCUUUAUGUGGUCCUGCCGUCAAGCUUCGUCCACGCGAUGGCUUGGCUCCAGCGGAACAGCCGUUGAUUAAGCUCAAGCCACAAAGAACGGAUACUCGCGAGCUCGUGAACCUGGAUGGUCUGUGGAAAUUCUCCCUCGCAUCCGGCCCCAACGAUACAGCUCAGCCAUGGACUGCACCAUUGCCCAAGGGCCUUGAAUGUCCAGUCCCUGCCUCGUACAAUGACAUCUUUGUCAAUCCUGAGAUCCACAAUCAUGUUGGAUGGGUGUAUUAUCAGCGUGAUGUGAUUGUUCCCAAGGGCUGGUCUCAGGAGACAUACCUGUUGCGCGCUGAAUCCGCUACGCACCACGGUCGAAUUUAUGUCAAUGACCACCUUGUCGCCGAGCAUGUUGGCGGCUACACACCUUUUGAAGCCGAUAUCACCAACGUUGUCGCCCCUGGGGAGAAUUUCCGCUUAACGAUUGCCGUCAACAAUGAGCUGACCCAUGAGACCAUCCCGCCGGGGAAGAUCACGAUUGGGGAAGCUACCGGCAAGAGAAUCCAGACAUACCAGCAUGACUUUUACAACUAUGCCGGUCUCGCUCGGUCAAUUUGGCUCUACUCUGUACCUCGCCAACACAUUCAAGACAUCACUGUUGUCACGGAUGUUCAAGGAAAGAACGGCAUAAUUCACUACGACGUCAAAGUAUCCAACCACACAAGCGGGCAGAUCCAAAUCACUGUCCUCAACGAGGAUGGUGUCGCCGUUUCAGACGCAAGGGGAGCCAAUGGGACUGUCACGAUCAGCUCCGCCAAGCUGUGGCAGCCAGGUGCUGCCUAUCUCUACCAGUUCCAAGCCAGCAUUGUCGACUCCAACGGCAAGGUCGUCGAUACCUACCGCGUGGCUACGGGCGUGCGUACGGUCAAAGUGAGCGGGAAGAAGUUCCUCAUCAACGACAAGCCCUUUUACUUCACCGGGUUUGGAAAACACGAAGACACCACGAUACGUGGCAAGGGCCAUGACCAAGCAUAUAUGGUUCACGAUUUCCAACUGAUGCACUGGCUUGGGGCAAACUCUUUCCGGACAUCACACUACCCUUACGCCGAAGAAGUCAUGGAGUUCGCCGACCGCAACGGCAUUGUCGUUAUCGAUGAGACACCCGCUGUCGGCCUGAACCUUGGUCUGUCAAUUUCUGGAGGAACGACAGUUCGUACUUGGUCCCAGGAAAACAUAAACAACAACACCCGGGAGGCUCACAAGCAAGCCCUUCGCGAACUCGUGGCUCGGGACAAGAAUCAUGCCAGCGUUGUUAUGUGGUCGAUUGCCAACGAGCCUGCCUCUCACGAAGAAGGGGCGCGCGAGUAUUUCGAGCCACUGACCAAGUUGGCUCGCGAGCUGGACUCCACGCGUCCCAUCACAUUCGCAAACGUGGGCGGUGCAACUUCGCAGCUCGACAAGAUCGCCGACCUGUUCGAUGUCACCUGCAUCAACCGGUACUUCGGCUGGUACUCACAGACGGGCGACCUUGCCGAAGCAGAGGUAGCCCUGGAGAAGGAGCUGCGUGGAUGGCAGGAUAAGUUUGACAGGCCAAUUAUCAUGACCGAGUACGGUGCUGAUACCCUUGCGGGUCAGCACUCCGUCCUCGGUCUGCCCUGGAGUGAGGAGUUUCAGACUCAAAUGCUGGAUAUGUACCACCGGGUGUUUGAUCGCUUCGAGGCAAUGGCUGGCGAGCAUGUCUGGAAUUUUGCGGACUUCCAGACCAGUGUCGGCAUCUACCGGGUAGAUGGUAACAAGAAGGGUGUCUUUACCCGUGAUCGCAAGCCUAAGGCAGCUGCACACAGUCUGAGGGCAAGGUGGACUAACCUGAAUAAGAGUAGUUGA